ACUGCACCAGCUUACCUACGACCUACAUUUUUCUGAGAGACCCCUAUCCAUACACCUUGGUCGUUCCUUCCAGUGAACGACAUCAACAAACAUGAAGCCUUUCGCUACACUUGCCACCCUUCUGGCUGCCACUGCAGUCGCCGCGCCCGCUCACGAUGUCAAGCCCCGCGAACUCUUCAACGAUGAUGCUCCUCACCCAGACGAUCCCAACUUCAUUAGUGCUGUGAUGCGGGCUCACUGGUUCUGGCGCCGCCUCCACUGUGCUCAAGAUCUGGUCUGGGACCAAGGUCUUGCUGACGCUGCUCGCCGCGACAUCUCCGAGUGCACAUACAUGCCCGAGCACAUGCGCUCUGGCAGCAACCUCUCCUCCCAGAAGCCCGCCCCUAGCAAGUACGAAGAUUGGAUCGAGUUCGCCCGCACUGCUGCUCACGGCUGGCACGAAGAAGAAACGAAGUACCCGUACGACCACCCCCACUAUGACGAUGCUUGGGGCCACUUCACGCAGAUGGUGUGGCGCAACACUUCGCGCAUCGGCUGUGCUGUCGGAAACUGCAACCCGGGCCAGGUUGACUGGCCUGGACGCCUCUACUGCUAUUACGACUACGUCGGCAAUAAUAUUGCAGCCGGCCAGUUUGAGGCGCAGGUCUGGGGCCCUGUCUGCGGUGACCCUUCUGUCGGCGAGGCUACCAAGCGUGCAGAGACCGGCUACGACUGGUCUCGCAAGUAAAUCUUGCGCGCUGGAGUCUCGUGGUCGCUCGUCUAGACUGCCUAUGGGAACUACUGUCCUACGAAGACUACAGUAUUACCUCUUCACAUCUCGA